UUUUGGUAGGUGUUAGAGGUUCAAAUAUCAACUUCUUUUGUACUUGGAAGGAAUUUUUGCACUUUGUCCCCACAUUUGAAUUAAGUAGAAUGACUUGUCUAUUCAUGCGAGAUAAGAAUUAUAAAAUCAUGUUUUGUAUAUUUUAGUAUAUCUAAUCGACCUAACCUCAAAACUGAGAUGUUAAGCGUUUGACUCAACGUGAGAUAUUCAGUCUGAUCUUGGUGUUCGAAAUGAAGAUUGGUGGUCAACUCGGUGUGCUACUUUUGUUUUUGACAUGGGUUGAAAGCGCGAAAAUUUUGGGUGUUUUUCACAUGCCCUCACCUAGUCACUACAUGUCUUGUAGUACUCUGAUGAAAAUUCUAGCUGAAAAAGGACAUGAUGUUACGGUGGUGGCAGCUUUCAAGGAGAAAGAUCCUCCGAAGAACUACAAACAAAUUUAUCUUCCAGGGCUUCAAGAAAAACUAAAAGAUAAUUCAAUCAACUGGUUCGAAUUUACACCUCUUACCUGGAUUAUGCCUAUAUUCUUCAACUUCAUGACAACAAAUCUUAUAGAAAAUACCUUCAACCACACAGUAUUCAAGGAAUUCAUGAAGACUGAGGAGAAAUUCGAUGCUGUCAUCAUUGAAGAAUUCCAAGCAACAGCCAUGAAAUACGUUGCCCAUCAUUUCAACGCACAGCUGAUUGUUUACAGCGCUCUGGAUGCAAAUGAUUGGACUAACCCCUUCCAAGGAAACCCAGAUACUCCAUCUUACCAUCCCAGUCUCUAUCUGUCACAUCUCACUAAUCAUAUGUCAUUUUUUGAGAGAGUGGAAAAUACGAUAUUUUACGUUUACGCUAAGAUCUUGUCCAAUUUGAUCAAUUUCCCUGCUCAGAAUAGAUUGGUGCACAAGUAUUACCCAAAUGCGCCAGAUCUGGCAGAUAUAGCUUACAACGUUUCUUUGGUUCUGUUGAAUUCUGAUCCAAGUGUGCAUGAGCCUAUACCUAAAGUACCAAGUAUGAAAGACAUCGGUGGUUUCCAUAUAAGAAAGCCUAAACCUUUGCCUAACGACCUACAAACUGUAUUAGACAACGCAAAGCAUGGCGUUGUCUACUUCAGCUUGGGUUCUAAUGUAAAGAGCAAAGAUAUGCCUAAAGAAAAGAGAGAUUUCAUACUCAGGAAGUUCUCAAAACUCAAAGAGACUGUUAUCUGGAAAUUUGAAGAUCCUGACCUACCUGGCAAGCCGGACAACGUCAUAAUCAGUAAAUGGCUGCCUCAGAAUGAUAUUUUCGCCCAUAAAAACGUGAAGUUGUUCAUCACACAUGGUGGCCUCUUCAGCACAAUGGAGGCAGUUUACCACGGCCUACCUGUUUUGGCCUUAUCAGUGUUUGCUGAGCAAAAGCUGAAUGGAAAAAGAGCUGAAACUAAUGGGUUCGGUAGACAUAUUCCCUUCAAAGAACUCACAGAAGACAAUUUCAGUGAAACCUUGGACGACUUGCUGAAAAAUCCAAAAUAUAAGGAGAAUGCCAAAAUGAGGUCUCAAAUUAUGAGAGACAAACCUAUAGAGCCUGCGGAAGCUGUAAAUUAUUGGGUGGAGUAUGUGAUAAGACACAGGGGUGCUCCACAUCUUAGGGUGGCAGCUUUAGAUCUAGAAUGGUACCAAUAUCUGCUGAUAGAUGUCGUACUAUUCAUUUUAGCCGUAGUUGUAGCAGCAGUUCUCUUAUUGAGAUUUUUAGUAAAACUGAUAUUCAAGAAGAAACCAACUUCCAAGAAGAAGAAGAAUUAAUAUUAUUCUCGCUCAGCUAAAAGUAAUAUCAAGAUAACAAAGAACAUGAACAAAUAAGUUGUUCCAGAAGAAAAAAGUACUUACAAAUAGGUACUACUUUCUAUAUUGAAUAAUGUGAUAUUUUGUCAAAAUCUGUAUGCUAACAUUUUACUAAGAAUUUUCUUAUACAACAUGAAAUUAAGUAAAAUAAAUAAGUAUUUUUUUGUA